AUGCCGGGAAGCUCGUCAAACUACAGUGUAAGCCCAAUUCUCAGGCAGCGGGAAGCGAACCGAAGCCAGGCAAGGCCGGCGAAAAAAAGCAAAAGCUCGAAAAAAAUACAAUUGAAGUCGAAUGUGAGGAUAAGAGUGGAAAGAAGAGGAAGACCUCGUGUUUAUGAUGAUGAUGGCAACAGAAUAGACGGGAAACCGGGCCACCGGACUUACCAGUACGCGUAUAAAACAGAGGUGGGCCAAAUACAGAAGCAGCAGUAUGAGGCACGUGAAAAAUUGAGGCGGCAGGCCGUCUCUCAAAGCCGCAUUAAGGAAGUUGAUCAAUGCGAGUUAGAACUUCCAUACAGGGGUCUCUUUGGGAUGCAAGGGGGCAACACAUUUCUCACACAGCCCGACAACGCCACACGGGCGCUCUUCCAGCAGCUUCUGAGUGUGGCUGUGCAGGAGAGAAAGAUGAAUAAUGCGAAAUAUCUCGCAGACUCUGACCAGCGGCCCUCGGGGCUAAAAUACGUGCAUUUUGGCGAUUUUCUGAUCGAGACGUGGUUCAAGUCGCCUUACCCGCCCAAGAUGGCAGUGGAUCACGUGCUCCAUGUGUGCCAGUACUGCUUUCGGUACUUUGGGAGUGCAUUUUCACUCUCCAGGCACCAAAUGAAGUGUCCGUGUUUCAGAAACCCCCCUGGAAACGAAAUAUACCGCGAGGGGGAGUUUUCUGUGUUUGAGGUGGAUGGGCGUAAGAAUACAGUCUACUGCCAGAACCUCUGUCUCUUUGCAAAGCUGUUUCUCAACUCCAAGACGCUUUACUACGACGUGGAGCCGUUUAUGUUUUACAUUCUGUGUAAAUACACCGGGGGCACAAACUCGCACCAAUUCUUGGGCUACUUCUCGAAGGAGAAGUUGAACAGCACCGGUUACAACCUCAGUUGCAUCAUGACACUCCCGUUAUACCAGCGGAAAGGUUACGGAAGCUUUCUCAUGGAUUUCAGCUAUCUUUUAAGCCGUCGAGAGUUCAAACUUGGCACUCCCGAGAAGCCUCUUAGUGAUCUGGGCCUCUUGAGCUACCGGAGUUACUGGAAAUACGCUGUAGCCCGGGCACUCCGGUCGAUUUUCGAUGAACCUGGCGUCAGAAAAGACGAUUUUUGCAAUAUUUCAAUAAACGACAUGUGCAACUUGACCGGGAUGAUUCCAAAUGACGUGAUUGUUGGCUUGGAGCAGCUCGAAGCUCUUGUGCUGGAUCCGGCAACGCAGAAAUACGGUAUACUGCUGGAUAUGGAGAGGGUGGAUAGUGUUUUGAGUGCCUGGAACUCAAAGCAGACGAUUAAAGUGAAUGAUGACUUAUUGAUAUGGAAGCCGCCCAUUCUAGGACCAUCCGGCGGCAUUAAUACAACAAGUAAGAUGGUGAUAACUGCGGGAUCGCCGCAGGACAAGAAGUUGGAGCCAGAGAAGCAAGAUGGAAAGACUGUAACUGCGGCGACAUCACUUAAUGGCCAGAAAUUCGACGAAAAGGGUAAUCCGUUGAUGUCCGACAUAUCAAUGAUCGUGAAUUUCUUGAAGGACGAUCUCGAGGACGAUCGACCGCUUGAGGAGCAGGCUUUUCAAAGCAUCCGGGAGCAGAACAUGCAGCAUAAAGACUCCGGGCUGAAAUUUGACGAAUGCAAGAUAUGUUAUCCUGGAAUGGGUAAUGGCAGAAAGAUAAGCUGGGAAGAAGUAACAGGGGAUUCUGGAAGUAGAAAGAGAAGUAAGAUGGGCGCAAUUAAUGAUAAAGUAAGUGCAGGAGGAGCGAAAUACAGCAAGGGUGGAAAGUUGAAUCCAAUUCGGAUGCUAAACGGGAAAGAACGUGAAGGUGAAGGAGAUGGAAGGGGGGAAGGAAAUGAAGGAAAUGAAAGAGAUGAAGAAAAUGUACAGGACGAAGAAAGUGAACAGGACGAUGGAAUAAACGAGGACAUCGAAAUUAUUGAUGACGAUGCCUCAGAUGAAGACUAUAGUGAUACAGACAGCAAUUCUGCCAAUGAAGAAGACUACGAUAAUGAUGAUUACGCAGAGGACAUCCCCGAUGACCUGAAUGAUGCUUAUUGA